GUAUUUCAAUUUCAGUAUACAUCCAAUCCAAUGGUUCUUGCUUCCUCUUUCACACACUAUCUCUAUCUAUCAAGCAUGGCUACAGAAACCAACCAGCACAGUUUGUGAGAAGAAACAGCAUUCAAAAUCCAUGAUCAAACAUUAUCAAUGGUUAUUAUUCUGAGGUGAACUUCAAAAGCUUCUUCAAUUAAAGGGUUUCUGAAAGCGAUUGAAGAUGGACAAGGACAACGAGACAUAUCUGAAACUCUUCUUGGGGCGUUCGAAUCAUCAGAGACAGAGUUUGUUGUCGAAGAAGGGAAAAUCCAGAACAAUGGUGUUUGUCAUGGUUUGCUUUGCAGCCACUUUCCUUGCUUUCACUGUCUGGAACAUUAACUCGACGUUUUCUGGAGGUUCUUCCAUUUUAAUGAAGAAGAAAGUCUCCCCCAUGCCAAUACCGGAAGCCCAAGAAGAAGAGUUCCCACUUAGGUGCACCCAACCACACGUGCCAGAAAAGUGCCCUAGAGACUACCCUAUUUCACAUAAGCCCACGGGCCCGGCCCGGACGUGCCCCUCGUACUUCAAAUGGAUCCAUGAGGACCUGAAGGCAUGGAGAGAGAGAGGGAUAACGAGGGAGAUGGUGGAAGGAGCAAGGAGAACAGCACACUUCAGGGUAGUGAUCGUGGACGGGAGGGUGUACGUGGAGAAGUAUAAGAAGUCGAUCCAGACCAGAGAUGUGUUCACUUUGUGGGGCAUCAUGCAACUGCUGAGGAUGUAUCCCGGUAAAGUUCCUGAUUUGGAGCUCUUAUUUGAUUGUGAUGAUAGGCCCGUUAUACCCAAGGGAAGGUUUCAAGGCCCAAAUGCUGCUACUCCACCGUUGUUUCGCUAUUGCUCUGACCAGUGGAGCUUUGACAUUGUCUUUCCUGAUUGGUCCUUUUGGGGAUGGGCUGAAAUAAACAUAAAGCCAUGGAAAUAUGUGCUAGAAGAUAUUAAAAAUGGGAACAAGAAGACAAAGUGGAAAGAAAGAGUGCCAUAUGCCUACUGGAAGGGUAACCCUUAUGUGACUCCAACAAGGAAAAACCUUAUGAAAUGCAAUCUCACAGAGAAAGAUGACUGGAACACUCGCCUAUACAUACAGGACUGGGAACAAGAAUCCCAUCAAGGGUUCAAGCAAUCCAACUUAGGGGACCAAUGCACACAUAGGUACAAAAUAUAUGUAGAAGGUUGGGCUUGGUCUGUGAGUGAAAAGUACAUUUUGGCAUGCGAUUCUACAAACUUAUAUGUUAGGUCUCGGUUCCAUGAUUUUUUUAUCCGAGGCAUGGUGCCAUUGGAACACUAUUGGCCCAUUAGAGACAAUAGCAAGUGCACUUCUCUUAAAUUUGCCGUGGAAUGGGGCAACAACCACACUGACAAGGCAGAAGCGAUAGGGGAGGCUGCAAGCAAAUUCAUUCAUGAGGACAUGGACAUGGACCAUGUGUAUGAUUACAUGUUUCACCUGCUAAAUGAAUAUGCAAAGCUUCUAAGGUUCAAACCAGUUAUACCUCCAAAAGCUGUGGAGUAUUGUCCUGAAACAAUGGCAUGUGCUUUAAAUGGUACAGAGAGAAGGUUCAUGGAAGAUUCAAUGGUGAAGUUUCCUAGUGAUUCAAAUCCAUGCACUAUUCCUCCUCCAUAUGAUGCCACAAGCCUACAACAAUUUCUAGACAGAAAAGCUAAUUCAAUAAGACAGGUAGAAACUUGGGAAGAUGAAUAUUGGGAGAGUAAAAAGAAGGUACAAUAGUAAACACAUUCUGCAGAUAGCAAGAUUUUUGCUGUGUUUUCUUUUAUUUCUUGUCUUGUGACAAAUGAUAUCUUUACUGAGUCUAAAUUCUCUACUAAAUUUUCUGCUGCACUUUCAAAAUGCAUUGAUAUUAAUAUAUUAAAAAAGAUUUUAAUAUAUGUUAUAAUAUCAAAAUUAAUGUCUGUUAAUAUAUUUUAAAGUUACAGCAGAAAACAGAGAGAAUGGUUAGAAACUCAGUAAAGAAUUCAAAUAUACUUACCUCCAAAUACACAGAGUUGAUGUUGUCUCUUACCACAUUCA